AUGAGUGAUCAAUUCGACUUCAAGGUCAGGGUGGGGAUGAUCAUCAUGGGCGUGGCGUCUGCUGCCUCAGCGCUUGCCGCUGCUAGUCUGUUGCUGUACAUUGCUUAUAGCGCCGUUACCAUCAAGCCAAAUGCCUCGCGCAGGUGGUCCACCGAAACGCAUAUACAUUAUUAUUUCCUCAAUUUGAUGAUUUCUGACCUUAUCCUGGCUAUCGGUGAAUUGUUCAACGUCAAGUGGAUCGUAGAAGCGAGGGUGUACCCCGGUACUGUUUGCACCAUUCAAGGUAUUUCCGCUUUCAAUUUACUGGACGCUCGUCUUUCAUUGCAUGCAGGUCUCUUCAUGCACGUGGGUGAUCUUGGAGUUUCUCUUAGUACAAUGGCUAUUGCCUUGCACAUACUGCAAGUGUUGGUGCUAAGGUGGAGGUCUCCACCAAAAUUUGCGCUCCUCAUAUUGGCAAUACUCUGGCUGGUUAUCCUUGUUCUGGUAGUCGUGCCAAACGUGGCUCAACAGAACAUUUACGGUCCCACUGGUCACUGGUGCUGGAUCGACAGAAGUACUAUGGAGAAGAUUGCCCUCGAGUAUAUAUGGACCUGGCUAGCUGCUGUAUUGAACAUCAUCUCAUACCUGCUUCUUGCCCUUCUUAUCAAGCGACUCGUUCGUGUGGAUAGUCACGGAUUCCGCUGGAGGGGAAUUCAGGAGAAGGGAACAAUUCCGUAUGGAACGGGGACAUCUACAGAGAGUGUCAGUGCAACUCAAAUGUUGUUGUAA